GUGAAGUGGACAGAGAAGAGGAAGAACAUUCUGAAACAAUGCAUACGGUGGAAAAAAUAUUUGUUCACUCUAAAUAUGUUGCAGAAACUUACGACAAUGACAUAGCCAUAAUAAAGCUGAAGGAACCUAUAACAUUUUCUGAGUAUGUUAUCCCAGCAUGUCUUCCAGAAACAGACUUUGCUAAUGAAGUUCUGAUGAACCAGAAAUCUGGGAUGGUUAGUGGCUUCGGACGGGAGUUUGAAGGUGGACGACUAUCCAAAAAACUGAAAGUGCUUCAAGUCCCCUAUGUGGAUAGGAACACUUGCAAGCAAUCAACUAACUUUGAGAUAACAGAUAACAUGUUCUGUGCUGGUUACGAGACGGAGCAAAAAGAUGCUUGCCAAGGAGACAGUGGAGGCCCCCAUGUAACCAAAUAUAAGGAGACUUACUUUAUUACUGGAAUUGUUAGCUGGGGAGAAGGAUGUGCAAGGAAAGGCAAAUACGGUAUCUAUACCAAACUGUCCAGGUUCCUACGCUGGGUAAAAUGGGUCCUGAGACAAAAGAUGUAG